GUUGUACUGAUAUCAGUCGGAAAACGAUCGCGCUACCAGCAACAACACGCCACGACAACGCGCGCACGACCCAACACUCGAAUUAAUAUCCAAUAAGUUAACUUUAUAAAAAACAACAAAUUCAAAACUGGCCAGAAAGGCAAGCGCGCGUACGCUUAGUAUACCAGACAUAUAAGGCUGGCGAUCAGCGACAAUAACUGCAAGAGGACGAACUCUUGUAGAAGGCAAAACCACAACUAACCAACCUUUUUCGGUAGUGAAUUAAAUUGUGACAAUUCACGCGCGUGUGUGUGUGUGCUUGUGAGUGCGCGAUUUUAACGCAUAUAAAAAGAUGGCGGAUUCCACCACUUCAAUACCAACUUCCAAAGAGAAGUCAAAUUCAGUAUUUACACUGAAUGAUUUCAACUCACGCACCCAGCUAACCGAAAAGGCACAGCUUGGCGAUGAGUAUAACCCAGCGGAUCAUCGUGACCAAGUCAAGGGUCAAACGACAGGUGGCGCAUUAGCGCAUUUGUUGAAAAGCUCAUUAGGCACCGGUAUUCUGGCCAUGCCCAUGGCCUUCUACAAUGGCGGCUUGCUGUUCGGCAUGAUUGCCACGUUGGUGGUCGGCUUCAUUUGUACGCAUUGUGUGCAAAUAUUGGUUAAAACAUCGCAAGAUAUUUGCAAAGAAAUCAGAGUACCUGCCUUGUCAUUUGCUGAGACAGCCGAAAAGGUUUUCGAAAACGGACCAAAACGUUUGCGUUCAUGGUCGAAUUUUGCGAAGCAAUUCGUUGACGGCGGUCUGAUGGGCACAUACUAUGCCGCCGCUUGCGUUUACAUGGUGUUCAUUGCCACAUCAUUUCACGACGUGAUCAACUAUGACACCGGUCUUAAAUGGGAUGUGCGCAUUUAUAUUGCGAUUGUUGUAAUACCCUGCUUGGUAAUUGGACAAAUAAGGGAUUUAAAAUGGCUUGUACCAUUUUCAGCUAUGGCCAACAUAUUCAUUGUGGUCACAUUCGGCAUUGUGUUAUACUACUUAUUCAGCGAGCCUUUGGUGUUCGAAGACAAACCGCUGAUAGCGAAAGCCACACAGCUACCGCUCUACUUUGCGACUGUCAUCUUCGCCAUGGAGGGUAUUGGCGUAGUUAUGCCCGUCGAGAAUACGAUGAAGAACCCACAAAGAUUCCUUGGCUGCCCCGGUGUGCUCAAUACUGCUAUGAUUGUGGUAGUGUCAUUGUAUGCGGUAAUCGGUUUCUUAGGUUAUGCACGUUAUGGCAGCGAUGUGCUUGGCAGCAUUACUUUGAACCUGAAGGAGGGUGUACCUUUGGCUGACACGGCGAAAUUGUUGAUGGCCGUUGCCAUACUGUUCACCUAUGGACUGCAGUUCUACAUACCCAACGAAAUUCUCUGGAAAAAAAUUAGUCAUAAAUUUAACGAACAACAUCACAAUAGAACACAAAUACUUUUACGUACCGGUAUUAUAUUGAUUAGUGGUGGUGUUGCUGCAGCUAUACCGAAUCUGGAACCAUUCAUCAGUUUGGUGGGCGCCAUCUUCUUCUCACUGUUGGGCAUUUUUGCGCCCAGCGUGUGUGAGACGGUUUACUUGUGGCCCGAUCGUUUGGGCUGGUGCAAAUGGAAGCUCUACAAGAACAUUUUUUUGGCUGCCUUUUCGAUAUGCGCUCUGGUUGCUGGCUCAACAGCAAGUAUACAUGAAAUCAUCAAAUUGUACACGGAAUAAGUUUUAAGAUUAUUGCUAGUACUUAGUAUAAGUGUGAAAGUGUUUAGUUUUAGGAGUAUAUGUGCCAAACAAGCGCCAGUUAAGGUGCUUUAAGCAUAAAUUUUAAAUAGGAAUUUUAAUGUUUGUACAUACAAUAAUCCAUUGUUAAGUACCUGUGAUUUAAAUGUGUGAACGUGAUUCGCUUUUUAAGCAAAUUUAGUGCUUAAUGACAGUAUUUAGUUAAUAGCAAGUUUCGAAAAGGAGUUUAAAUUAAUCUGAAAAGCCUAGCCAAAGACUGUAUUGUUUCAGGCGUGGUCUUUGAGACGCUAUAUCACUGCUUGCAUGCUUUGUGCGUUGCUCUCUUUUCAAAAAAUUGCAUGUAAAUGCAACAACAAAGUUCUCGUGUUGAAUUCGUAUAAGAGAUAGUAUCAAGCCUCCCAAUUUGUUUCAUAUUUUAGAACAGUUUUACUAUUGUGAAUAGUUCAAUAGACAAAUGAAAACACAUACUAUUUUUUAAGACUUAAAAUCAAUUAUUAUUUGUUUUUUAGUAAACUAAGUGGUUACUAAAACGUUUUUUUGACGCAUAAAGCAGAAUUUAUCCACCAAGUAAUAAACCCAAGACAAGAGCGCAUGUGUGAAAAGUAGUUGGAACAUCUACGAUAGUUUGUUGUUCGUUCGAUUCGCUACUCUACAACGCUAGGCGAAUCGAAGACGCUUGAGCAUCACAGCGAGUAACUAAAAUGUCAAUAAUAAAAACUCUGCGAGAGUCCUAACAACCUUAACACGCUAAGUGUCAAAAAUUAUGAGAAUGCUAAUGAAAGCAUGAAACAGGUAGUAGGUCGUAAGGCAAAGGUUAGGUCGAACAGAAAUUUAUUUAUAUUUAUUUUUUGUAAAAAAGUUAAUAUAAUUAAUAAUUAUUAUAAUUGCUAUUUUAGAAACUUUGUCGUAUCAUCAAUAUUAGUUUAGCAUUUUCGUUAACUGUUUUGAAGAAGCAAAUGCGAUAUUAACUUUUAUCAAUGUAGUUAUUAAUUCAAAAUCACUGAAAAUAUAUAAGUUUUUUAAACAUUUAUGAACAGUUGGAUUAUUCACCUGUUAAUUUAAGCUAAUAAUAAUAAAUUUAAAAAAAAUUGUUAAAAAGUAUAUUUACUGUGGGCAAAAAAUAUUAAGACUUUAAGGGGGUAUUCUGGUCUAGAAGCAUGAAUUUCAGGUAAUUUUUAAAGUGUCGUAAAAAAAGGCAAUUAAUAUUUUUACUAUACAUUUUUUUAUUAGUUAUUUGUUAAUUUUAGAAGAGUACAGAAAAAAAUUAAAAACUAAAAAAAGUAAAAAAUUUCAAAAAUUAUGAAAAAGAGGGGAAAAUUUUUUUUCACAAAAUGGCGACUGCCUGAAAAAAAAAAGUUUUUUUGGAUCACUUUUUCUGACUAUUUCGAAUUUUUUAAAAAUAAUAAAAAUAAAAAUUUUGGGAUGGGGCUAGUUCCAACCAUAGACAAGCCUAUAAGGAAGACUCUAUAAAAUUUUCAAGUAAAUCGGUCCAGUAGAACCUGAGAAAUCGUGGGUAUCGUUCCGAAAAAAAAAAUCCACUUGGACACAUAUUUCUGAAUAGUUAAACUUUGAAAAUAAUGUAUAAAAAAAAAUUCAAUUUUUUUUUUUAAUUUCUAGACCAGAAUACCCCCUUAACCCCCAUCAACAUCAACUGAUGACACAUCAAUAAAAUAAAGGAAUUGGUGCUUGAGAAUCGACGACUAAAAGUCAGAGAUCUUACUGGCAUCGUUGGAAUAUCGGUAGGAUCAGUGAAGACCAUUUUGAAAGAUCAUUUGGUCCUAAGAAAAGUGAAAGCACGAAACGUUCCAAAGUCACAAAAUUUUUUCGAAAAACAGCUCGUCAACGUCUGUGAAACAAUGCUUUGCUACUACCAAGAUAUCAUGAAAUGUACUAUCACUGGCGACGAGUCUUGGAUCUAUGCUUACGACUCGGAAAAAGACGAAGAAUCGGUCUAAUAUGGCAAAGCUGAAACGAAGCCGCGAAAACCACGCCAAAGUAGAUCAAAAAUCAAGGUUAUGUUGACAGUUUUCUCGCCGAAUUUCUUCCGACCGACCAAACUGCCAACAAGGAAUAUUAUUUGAGUGUCAUGCGUUGUUUGCUUGAAGCUAUUCGUAAAAAGAGGCCGGAAUUGUGUGUUGACGGUCUUGGUUUAAGACCACGAUAAUGCACCGCUGCAUACUUCAUUGAUUCUUCGUGCGUUUUCGCCAAAUUUUCAACCAAUAUCGUGCCGCAAUCACCGUAUUCGAUUGAUUUAGCUCCGUGUGAGUUCUGGGUAUUCAGCAAACUCAAACGGUCGCCCCAGGGUAAACGUUUUGAGUCAAUUGAAGACCUUAAACGUGAAUCGCUCCGCGCAUUGAAGGCUAUUCCCGAAAUUGACUUUAACAACUGUUUCGAGGAUUGGAAAGAACGUUGGCGCAAGUGUAUUAGGGCCAAAGGAGUUUAGUUUGUGGUAGCUUUACUAUUUUUUGCACAUAGUAGUACUAUAUGAAUAGUAUGUAAGUACUUAAGAGGAAAUAAAUGGCGUACAAUUGUUAUUAUUCAAUUAAUUAUUAAUUAAAUUAUAAAAAAGAAAUAUUGAUGAAGAAAAAAAUGCAAAUAAUAUGCUUUCAAAAGUAUUUUAUAUCUUUAUAUAAAUCCGGCAAAUAAUAAAAAUUUGUAUGUAAAUAUUUUCUAAACCUUAAGAAAAUUAAUUUUUUAAUACCGUCCUUUAUAAAACUAUAAGCGACUUAAGAUCAAGCUGUACAUAAAAAUUUAACAAAGAAGCACGACAAAAAUUAAGUUCUGUUAAAGCUUAAAAGCCAUAUUAUAUUUACUUUUAACAUAAUGUAAUAAUAACAGCGCAUUGAAUAAGCAAUACGUUAUAAAAGGUUAAAAAUGGCAAGGUCAUAGCUUUAAUUGUAAAAAACUGUUGCAUGUAAAAAAUAAAAAAUGACACUAUUUACUAAAUAAAUAUUAACUAUAUGUAUAGAUAUUAAAAAAUAAAUAAAUGCAAGUAA